AUGAUGAAGGGCAUUGUAAAUCCUGCGUUCCUGAGUGGAGAGGAGGAAGAUGAGGAGAGCCGUGGCAGGCGGAGGAGGGAGGGAGGGGGAGAAAUAGGAGGUGACAGGCAGGAUAGCACCCUCGCCGCUCACCAACAACAAACGGAGCUGGAAGCCCCUGCCAACGCAAGAGAUAAAGACCUUCCUUCUCAGCUGCGGGACUCCACAUUGCGAGUUAUUGAUGGAAAUGAAGCUGCCCGAAAUUACUUUGACCCCUCGGCGGCGGUGGAGGGCGACCCAAGGCGGUGCAGGAUGGCCAGGGUCGGAGCGGGAGAUGAGCUGGAAUUAAAAUUCAUGCAUGAGGAUGAGCGAGGUCUGUAUGAGAAGCUGUCUCAGAUGUUGAAUGAAGAUGAUGCUUCAACCAUCAUAGAUUUGCCUGGUAGUGUUCUGGAGGAGAGGACAGUGACUGAAGCUUCCAAGCUCACCCUGGCCGGAUGGAAGGAUCAGUUGCGGGAGCAGCUGGUGGAGAGGAGAGAAGAGGUUAUCCCCCACUAUGUAGAACAGCUGAGAAAACGAGUGCAGGAUGACAUGAUCCCAGUGGGCAGGCCUUCACUGGAACAGGAUGAAUGUGCGGAGAGAGGAAUCAUAGAGGAAAAGGAGUGGGCGAGGAAAAGGAAAGUGAUGGCCGUCUUAAGGGGGAAUGCAAAGGAGUCCUUUCCAGUCAGAGACAUGGCUCAGGAAGAGGCUGUUUUGCAGGACCGGCUCUUUGCUGCUUUCCAGCGGGCUGAGAUUCAGUUGCUAAACUCUCUGCGUCAGCGUCAGGCCGAAGUCAUCGCACAGUGUGGAGAAAUCACCGAAGUCACUGCCAACAGUGAGCCACUGGCCAUCGAAUCUGACCUUCCCUGGCAGGUGGAGUGGGUGCGGACUCCUCAGCCGGUGGAGGUGUGUGUGCUGUUUGCACGGGCGGUGAGGGAGAAGCUCUGCAGCGGUCUGUACAGUGUGAGUGUGUCCCUGCACAGUCAGCUUGGCGGCCCUGCACUGCACUGGUCCCAGCUGAAGGAGCAGCAGUGGAACGGUGCCACAGAACCUGUAGUGCACAAGGGCCGCUUUUGCGACACAGACCUGCAACUUAACCAGAGCUUCUGCGUGGUCUUGCCUGCAUCAUUUGACCUCCUGCCCUCUACUGUUUUGGUCUUCAGGCUUUUGUGCUUGCAGAGUGAGCAGAGUCCCGUGAGCAGUGUGGUGGGCUGGGGGGCGUUCCCCGUGUGUGACUGCUCUCUUACCCUUAUCCAGGGCAGUUUCCGCACCCCCCUUCUCCGGGGUCGCCCUCACCCAGGUCUCGACCAGUUCAGUAAAAUAGAGAAGCUGCUCACCACUGACUUGGACAACUGGCUCUGCAAUCUGUACUUCAAGGUUAAGAGGCUCCCACGAGGUGUCCCAGUGGUUCCGGAGUGCACAGUCACCCUGCAGAUACCCCCUGGUCUCCAGCCGAGCUCCAGUGAAGGGACCCCUCCUGAUGUGGCCGCCUCUGCCUGCUCUUCCUCCUCCCUGCCAGGUAAGAGACCCGUUAGAGACCUCCCCAUCCCAGAGCCUUCGUCAGAGAAAGCCAAGCCUGGAACACACAUAAAGGGUGGUAAACACAGGAAGGCAAUCAGCAAGAUAACCAGCCCGAGUGGCUCCAAGAGAGAAAGAGAGAUAGGGAUGAGUCUCACCGCAGAACAGCUCCAGCACUUCUCCUUCUCUAUGCAAUCUGAGAGAGUUGCUCUGCAUGGGGCCGUGUGUUGUGGUCCAGCAGAGCGUUUGCGGAUGGUCAAGCGUUUACUCCCAGGAGAACUCGGCCUAUCUUGGACCCCACGGCCUCACUUCAGUCAGAUGGUGUUUCUCCUCAUGAUCAUCUUCCUUACCUGGUUUCCUCGCCUCUACCUGCACUACUGCAGCCAAUGGCUCUACCUGCACACACGCAACAUACCUGUCAACAGGUUUCAGUUCUAUGCCCACACAGUGGAUCUGGUGUAUCAGAGUUCUCUGCUGCGCACCCUGGAGGAGACGCUGCUGGUGCUGCUGGGGCCCUUGACCUUGAACGCAGCUACGUUUUUGCUGCUUCUGAUCAGAUGGGUCUGUCAGCUAGUGUUUGGCUCAACGCCCUCCUUCCUGUCAAAGCUGAUCAUGGCUGUGGGAGCGUGGACAGUGCUGGACCCCCUGGCGGUCUUCGUUGUGGACACCGUCCUGGGGCGUUUGUCCUACAGUGCAGUACAGCCAGUGGCGGAUGCUGCCAAACUCUACUGGCAUUUCCACCGCACAGAACAGUCGGGUACAGCGGGUAUUAUCAUCACCCUCUUCCUCUACACCGUCCUUUUCAUCCUGUCCUUCACCAUGCUCUAUGUAUACUUCCUCAGACUCCACAAUGAUGGCAGAAUGCUAGAUGUGUACCAUCGUCUCCACAGUCCAGAGGGAGCAUUUUUUAUCCCUCAUGACCUUGAAGUGUCCAAUCAGGAGCUCAGUUACAUCGUAAAGAAGGCGGAGCAAUGGAGAGGCUUCAGUGGAGAGAGAAGGAAGGUGGCAGUGUACGACUACAUCUGGACAGAGGAGGAGCCAGCAGGGUCCGAACCCCCUGGGGCUGUGCCCACCACAGCAGGGGAGACCAGUACCCAUGUAUCUAUCUACACACUGUACCUGAGUGGCCUACGCCAACGCUACAGACACUUCCUCAGGCAGCCCAAUGGAGCCGUUGUAGAGGUGAUCGGAGACUUAGACAAUGCAGAUGCUCUUCAGAGCGUCCAAGGUCGAAAUAUAGAACAGGAGGAAGAAGAGAGGAUGAAGGGCCCAACACGCCUUCUCAGAGAAAGGAAGAGCAAGAAGCCUACAUGGCGCUCUAACAGGGUGGAACCUGUUGGAGCAAGUGAAACUGAGCCCUGUACAACACUGAAGAACCACAAAUACUAACCCUACCUAACCCUGCCUUUAUGGUAGCAUAAGACAAUCCAG